CAGCGGGCAUUACUUCGUCGCACAAUGCAGACGUCAUAGAUCACAUUCACUCAGCUGAUUCGGAAGUGUUUACAACAUUAAUUUGUCAACUAAAUCAAAACGAAGCUAAAUUGUAUUCUGUCAAUACGAGGAAUCGCUACCAUUUACGUGAUUGGGUUGCUGGGUCCAACGGAAUAGUUCACUGAGCCCAGGGUACAAUGCGACCUCUCAGAGACGCUCAGCUGGGCGCCUUCACCUUCUUCGCCUCGGCUCUUCCUCAUGAUGUCUGCGGAAGCAACGGUUUACCCCUCACCCCCAAUUCCAUCAAGAUCCUUGGGCGAUUUCAAAUCUUGAAGACCUUCACUCACCCAAGACUCUGCCAAUAUGUGGACAUUUCCAGGGGAAAACAUGAGCGUCUGGUUGUGGUUGCAGAACACUAUGAGAGCAGUUUAAGUGAUUUCCAGAGACAGGGGAAAACAGCAAGCCCUGAAAUGGUGCUCAAGGUGGCCUACGAGGUACUGGAAGGCCUUGAGUUCAUGAACAAGCACGGCAUGGUACACAGAGCCCUGGCUCCAAACAAUGUGCUCAUGGACCACAAGGGGAAUCUAAAGCUGGCCAAGUUCGGCCUCUAUUACAUGACGGACCGUGGAGGAGACGUGGACUUUCCCAUCGGAUACCCGUCAUAUCUGGCCCCGGAGGUCAUCGCGCAGGGCUCCUUCCACGCCAGCGACCCCUCCAAUGAGGAGGCCCCUCUGCCCUCGGGGCCCAAGUCUGAUAUCUGGUCCCUAGGGGUCCUGCUCUUUGAGAUGUGUGCAGGCAGGCGAUUACUUCACAACAUUGAAAUAAGCGAGAGGCUGAAAUUCAUCUUGACCUUGGGAUGCAUGGAUGACAUCGUCACUGUCCUUGCCGAGGAACACGGUUGCCUGGAUACCAUAAAGGAUCUUCCUGUGAAUGUCCUGGAGUUAUUAAGGAAAUGCUUGAUUUUUCUCCCAUCCAAAAGGCCUACCCCUGCAGAGCUGCUGGGAGAUGAAGUGUUUAAUGAAAUCUCGUGCCUCUACAUGCCCUUCCAGAAGCCCCUCAGCCUGUUCUCCUCCUCCCUGCGCUGUGCUCAUCUGGAGCUCCCAGAGGACAUCAGCGACCUUUGCAAAGAGGAAGAGGACUACCUAUCGGAGCGGGCCAUAGACGAGGUGUACUACCUGUGGUGCCUGGCAGGAGGAGACCUGGAGAAGGAGCUCACCAACCAGGGCAUCAUCCAGUCCAAGCCACCCCUCUGCACGCUUCCAAAGUUCCUCCUGGAGGACGGGGAGUCUUUCGGCCAGGGCAGGGACCGCAGCUUUCUUUUGGACGACACCACGGUCACCCUGUCCCUCUGUCAGCUGAGAAACAGGCUGAAGGAUGUAGGAGGAGAGGCGUAUUAUCCCCUGCUGGAGGAAGAACAGUCCAGCCUCCCCCAGUCGGCCAGCAGCCAGGACCUGUCCACCACCGUCACCCUGCCCCUUAUCAUCCGGGAGAGAGACACAGAGUACCAGCUCACCCGCAUCGUCCUCUUCCACAGACUGCUGCAGGCCUACCCGUACAAAAGGGACUUGGUUUGGAAGGACGCCAGGGUAGACAUCCCGCCCCUGGUUCGUGGAAUGGCGUGGGCAGCCCUGCUGGGCAUAGAGGGUGACAUACAGGCAAAAUAUGAGGGAAUAGACAAGGACACGCCCAUACCAACCGACAGACAGAUUGAGGUGGACAUCCCACGCUGUCACCAGUAUGACGAACUGCUGUCAUCGCCGCAGGGUCACGUCAAGUUCAGACGUGUGCUGAAAGCAUGGGUGGUCUCCCACCCCGACCUGGUUUAUUGGCAGGGCUUGGAUUCACUUUGCGCUCCAUUCCUCUACCUGAACUUCAACAAUGAGGCCCUGGCCUAUGCCUGCAUGUCGGCCUUCAUCCCCAAGUACCUCUACAACUUUUUCCUGAAGGACAACUCUCACGUCAUCCAAGAGUAUCUGACAGUCUUCUCCCAAAUGAUCGCAUUCCACGACCCGGAGCUGAGCAACCACCUCAACCAAAUUGGCUUCAUCCCAGACCUCUACGCCAUCCCCUGGUUCCUCACCAUGUUUACGCACGUGUUCCCUUUGCACAAGAUCUUCCACCUGUGGGACACGCUGCUCCUGGGGAACUCGUCCUUCCCCUUCUGUAUCGGGGUGGCCAUCUUGCAGCAGCUUCGGGACCGCCUCCUGGCCAACGGCUUCAACGAGUGCAUCCUGCUCUUCUCAGACCUGCCGGAAAUCGACAUUGAGCGCUGCGUGCAUGAGUCCAUCAAGCUCUUUAGCUGGACACCCAAGAGCGCCACGUACCGCCAGCACGCCCAGCCCCCCAAGACCACCGCCGUCACCGACGGCAACGGCUUCGGGAGGCCGGGCACCUACUACUUCUCAGACUACCAGGACAUGCCCCGGACAGACCUGUCCCGGGAACCCCUGGCCCUCAGCGAGCUGAAGGCGGAGCUGUCCCCCCGGAUCUCGGCCGAGGACCUCAUCGACCUGUGUGAGCUGUCGCUGGCCGGAGGCGGGAAGAGGACCCGCGCCGGCCGGCCCAAGAUCGUGGCCGUGGACGUGCGGAGCGCCGAGGACUUCAACAGAGGCCACCUGUCCGGCAGCGUCAACCUGCCCUACUCCUCCGCCUUCGGUCCGGACGGGGAGCUGGUGCAGUGUCCCGGGACGGGCGUCCUGCACUCCUUCAGGGGACGGGUCAUCGUGGUCAUCAGCCACGCCAUGAAGAGCGGCACAACGUUUGCCUCCCAUCUGGUGAAGGUGAACUUCCCUCGCGUCUGCAUGCUGGACGGAGGGAUCAUCAAGAUGAGAUCCACUGGACUCCUGACCGUCCCCUCCCCCCAGAUAUGAGCCCACCACCCCCCUCACCCUGGUCCUGAAGACGGUGGUCCGCUGGACCCUCCAAGGUGGUCCCCUGAACCCAGACAUUCACACUCAGUAUUAACACAAGGGGAACGGUACUAACCCACUCUGCUGCCGUUCCAGUCUGCGUCGUCAUGAAUUCUUUGUUUUUAAAGUUGUGGUGAUACAACCCUCUGAAUCCACCCAGAGAUAUAGUGGUCUUGUCUGACCACUGAUAUCCAAAGAAAAGGUGUGUUUGGUUUUCUGAACUACAUCUGUUUUUUUUGGGGGGGGGGGAUCAUUUGAUCUAAGUCUAUUUCACUUCAGUUACGCGAUGCAAAUCCUCAACGUAAUGAUUGAUUUCUGAAAUGUAGGGAAAAGCCUAUUAAUGUGAAUCGUCUGGAGAAAGCUCUUCUUACGAGAAGGCCGGUUGGAACAUUCCUCAGGCUUCUCAGAUGCAGGAGGACCAAAGAGCAUCGUUCAUCAGGUGGUGACACCAUGACCUUUAUCAGCGGAUAAUGCCAGAUCACAUGCUCACCACAGCUGCUGAUAACGGCCCAGAAUGUCACCUUCACCCCAUGAAAAUUAGCUUAACGUGUUUUGAUCCUUGCUCUUUAUUAUUUCUUUCAUGAUAAUCAUGCCUCUGUAAAGAUUUUUUUUUAAUAAAACAUUUUUUAAAAGCUUA